GCAGCAGUUUGAUGCACGCUCAGUCGCUCACUAUUCCGUCUUUUUGAAUACCUAGUCUAUUAUAUCUAACGCUGUCUAUCACCCUAUUGACGUCGGAAAGCGAAACUAGGCCUGAUACGAUGGCUUUGCGACUGGUUUCUCCCAAUCCGCUUCUCCAAAUAUUCCCUCGACUUGUUGUACCGUCGAAAUCUCUGCCUCUUACCAUCAGCCUUCCGUCACAACACCAAGUCUUUCUUUCCGCUUUUGUCCGACCGGUUGCUUUUGCUCUGAAUGUUCCUGGGCUUUUAUCCGAUUUAUGGGAGUCCGUUCUUCGAGCCGUUCCAAAGAAAAAGACGUCGCACAUGAAGAAAAGACAUAGGCAGAUGGCUGGCAAGGCCUUGAAGGACGUCAGGAACCUUAACACAUGUCCUGCUUGCGGUCAAAUAAAACGCUCGCAUGUGCUAUGCCAACAUUGCGUUGAAAAUAUCAAAAAACAAUGGGGAAAGGCUCAAUUGUCGUGACUUGUACCUGUUGAUCAAGAAAAUGGGAUGAUAAGGACCCAUGGGAUGCCGGGGUUGAAUACAUGACCAAGAUGUAUUUGUAUAGAUAUCAUGUAUGUCCAUUGCAUGGCUUUUCGGCGUUGGGUUUAGCAAUAGGAAUUAUUUGUACUAUAUCUUGUAUUGAACGAAAAACACUGAGAUCAGAAAUAAGUUGACUUGACCACUGGAAUUGCGGUUGUGGAACAAUUACUUAUACUUCAC